AUGAUUCAAGGAUCAAACUUGCUUCUUUCUAGGACCAAACUUGCUGCUGUCUCUAAUGGUGGCAAAGACUGUAAUCCACAAAACAUGGCAACUACUUUCUUUGAGACACGUAAGAAGGGAAAUGAGCGUGUUGAACCUGAAAUUGCUGAAAAAUAUGCUGAAAUUCACGAUCUUGUACAAUCUGAACCAUCUCUUACUAAUAUUGAGGUAGUGGAAAGGUGCUUUGGACCAGCAUGCAAAAGUGACGUAAUUAAAGUUGGUGGUGGAAUAACAAUUAAGGAGUUAAAAGGAUGUACCACCUCAAAGGCUGCAUUGUGGGAAGAUCUUAAAACAACUCGGAAAAAAAGGAAUCACUAUAAAAACGCAUGGAUAUUCUAG